CACGCCUUCUUCUCACACAAACCUUCCAGAUCCCAGCCGCCUAGGCGGACUCCCGGGUGGUGCUACCAGCCUUGCCACUUGCAAUCUUGACAGGCAGAGGUUGGGGACCGCCAGGCCUUGCACCGAUAGGGAGCCACAGGUUGCAGACGCAGGGAACCCUGCCCAUGACCGUGACUCUGUGAGGCUGGCAGCCGGCGUGCGGUGGUUGCUGGCGGUCCCCGGAGCUUGGGAAGACCGGAGCGGACCCCGAAACCUGACACCAGCGCCCUCGCUGCCUCCGCUCCGCGGGCUGGCCCGCCAAGACCAUCACUAUGACUGAUGGAGACUAUGAUUAUCUGAUUAAACUCCUGGCCCUUGGAGACUCAGGAGUAGGGAAGACAACAUUUCUUUACAGAUACACGGAUAAUAAAUUUAAUCCCAAAUUCAUCACUACAGUAGGAAUAGAUUUUCGGGAAAAACGUGUGGUUUAUGACACACAGGGAGCAGAUGGAGCUUCAGGAAAAGCGUUUAAGGUACAUCUGCAGCUUUGGGACACUGCUGGACAAGAGCGGUUCCGGAGUCUCACCACCGCCUUCUUCAGAGAUGCCAUGGGCUUCUUACUAAUGUUUGACCUCACCAGUCAACAGAGCUUCUUGAAUGUCAGAAACUGGAUGAGUCAACUGCAGGCAAAUGCUUACUGUGAAAACCCAGAUAUAGUCUUAAUUGGCAACAAGGCAGACCUGCUGGACCAAAGGGAAGUCAAUGAGCGACAAGCACGGGAGCUGGCUGAAAAAUAUGGCAUACCAUACUUUGAAACAAGUGCAGCGACAGGACAGAAUGUAGAGAAGUCGGUGGAAACGCUUCUGGACUUGAUCAUGAAGAGAAUGGAAAAGUGUGUAGAGAAGACACAGGUUCCGGACACUGUCAAUGGUGGAAAUUCAGGAAAGCUGGAUGGGGGAAAGCCAGCAGAAAAGAAAUGUGCCUGCUAGCCACUCAGAGGAGCUAGUGAUGGAGAGCCUGCCCAAAUCCUAUGUCCCAAAACCAUGACAACCACAACAUUGUUGAGUAGUAGCUCAUGAGCAAUGGCAUGUCUUUCUCCCCUGACCCCAAUCUAUUUCAAUAAAGCAGAAUAGUCAUAGUGUUAAAAGAACUGUCCUGUUAUCCCAAGUCCCUUCCAAACAAAAAUCAAAGUUGUCCUAAGGCAAUCUCACCAUUGUGAAUGCUCAGUUGUAUUUUUAUAAUAUUGUGUAUAUGGAAAAAAAAAGUAUCGGUGAGUUUUAAAUAAAAGCACAUAUUACUCCAGCCUGGAGAAAGGGAAAAGCUAUCUAAACAGAGAAUUUAAAAGGAUGAUUUCUGUUUUCAUCUACUUAUGUGGAAUAUGACUCAUACUUCUUCUAUAUUUGUACUGGGGAAGACAUAAUCCUAAAAAUGCAUACAUAACAAAGAAUUCUCUGUGGCUUAUUAAGAAUGACUGUGUCUGCCCAGUAAGCUAUACCGAGUUACUGAUAAAGUCUUGGGUGAGUGAAUGGCAGGCUUCUGUAGGAAAUUGUGUAAUUAUUCCAUUUUUAUAUUCUAAUAAAUGGCAGAGAGACAAGAACAGGAUCUUGGAUGGAAAGGUACGAGGAAAAUUCCCUGACAGAAAAUGAAACAUGAGAAUAUGGUGUUUGAACAAGUUAAAUGAAAUGGAUCUUUGGGAUAAGGCUAAGAGAGAGAGUUACUUAGACAAAUGUCACUGAAGCAGAUUAGAAGCUAAUAUCACCAGUUGGGAUUGACAAUGCCUUCAGAGGCUCCUAUUCAAGUGAUCCAAACCUUUAACAUCUUUGCUGAUGGUGCCCAGGUUCUCAUUUUAUUUUUAUUUUUUAUCAAAUUCUUAGGGUCACAAGAAAAAAUAAAGCAUUUUUAUUGUAUAUAUCUUACAAGUGUAAUAAAGAAAACUUAAGAUUUAGUCUUACAGUUUCUAAAUAUAAAAUUUGUUGUUGAGAGAAAACAGUGAUUAUUAAUUAUGGCUCUUACUUCAUUUUAGAAAAGCACUAGAAAUUCUAAAUUUAUCUUUCCUCUAGACCACUCUUACACUUGCCUUGAAGCAGUUACAGAAAUGAAGGUGUGUCCGUGGGUCAAUAACAUCAAAGUAAUUAUGGACCAAUAACUAUAGUCACCCUGAAUUUUCAUGCCAUCAAUCACCAAAAAUUGAUGCUGCAUUCUUUAUUAUGACAUUUUUUACUUUGCCAGGAGGAAGAGUAGCUGUAGUUGAGGUGUACUUGAAAAAAUUGCAAGAAUGAAGGUGUGUUUCAACUCAUCAAAACUAUAGUCAAUGUUUUGUUUUGUUUUCCUGAAGGCUAUUUUUUUUCUUUCUAGAAUUAAUCACAGAUAUUCUUAUCAUUGUGAAAACUCACAUUGUAUUACUUUUUAUUCAUCAUAAUGUGGGAUAUAUAUAAACCAAUCUUAUUAAAAUGGUAUCUAAAUUUGUCAAUUGAUUUUUACCAAUAACGAAGACAAUAAUAUACUGCUAACAAAGACAAAUGGCUUUGUGUUUUCUGUUUUCAUAGUGAGCUUAGAAUUUGUGACAGGAUAGUCUCUCAUCCUUUGAAACAUUUUUUCAGUCUCAAACUUUUGCAUGCCUUGCCUCCUUUCAAAGUUACAAACAUUACAAAGUAAAGUCCAGUACCAUAUCCAACUUUUUCCUGCUAACCUCUAUCUGCUGUUGAGUCAGACAGAUCCAAGGACAUGUCUAUACAAAAUGGUUUUAUGACAAGUUAGAUCCAGAACUGUGUCACUAAGCAACACAAUUUGGAGGCUUAGAUGGGAUUCACCCUUGGUAUAAUUUCUCAGUGUCAACAGCUCAGCACUCCAGCUUGUACAAUUCAUUCUUUACUAGGAUUUCCUUCAAUUCUCUCUGGUUGAGAUGCUCUUCAUGGCCUCAAUGUCUUCACCAUAGGGGUAGAAAGCUGAUAGUCAAUUUGUGCAACAUGUCUUCUGGAAGCAAAGUGGAAAGAAAUGACCAUGGCUAUGGCAAAAUCUGGUGAAUAUCAUGAGCUCACUGUAUCUAUUUCCGGUUUUGAUUCAAGUCAUAUCAGUAUUUCCAUAACAGGAAAAUACUGUGUCCUGUGAUGCUGAAGGGAUUUCAUUUCUCCAUCUCUCAGUUUAUCUCUGUGGUCCAUGUAAUUGGCUUGCUUGUUAAAAGAUUAGCAAGAUUCUUUCAUUGUCAGAAUAAAUAUUUUUCAUGACCUGUUUGAAGCGCAUUGUUGCUAACUAGCAUGAAGUGGAGGGCAAUGAUGCCUGUAAAUAUGUAAAUGUGCCUGUAAGAGUAGUAGGUAUUGGGUAAUAAGCUCAAGAAGGUUGACAUUUCAAACUGCCGAAAAAUGAAAAUAUUCUAGUUGGUCUAGAAAUACUUCUGUCUGUAAACGUUGACAUCCAACCUCAAAAUGUAUUUGGUCAUGGUGAAAACAUUAUUCUCCUAUGAUUUUCAGAUUCUAGUUCUAAAUACUUCGUUAUAUAAUUUCGAACUGAUCUGGUGCCAUGAAUAUGCUAUUUUAAAGAACUAUGUAUCUCUUUUAUCUCACCACAACAUAUAUCUGUAGCUAAGAUAUUUUCUCUUAAUAAUUAACUCCAAAUGCUUUUAGUGAACCAGUUGUAUUUUUGAGAACUACCUAAUGUACAUGAUACUUCUUUCUAAUACAGCACCCUACUCUAGCGUGUUUACACUGGUUGAUGUUUACACAGCCUGAACUCAGUGCCUCAAACUCCUCUGUGAUCAGUUUUGUCUCCAACCACAUAACUCAUUUUCUCUUAUCUGAUGUCUCUGAAGAGCCUCACAGAGACAAUAAUAUGGCUGAACUCAACUGAUAUUGUUAGCAAAGAUACAAAAACAUUAUUGGGAUCUGGAGAUUACUGCUACCUUCUCCUAACAUGUCACAGAUUAGCAAUUGCUUGAAAAUUAACUACAAAUUUGUACAAUGUUAUUUUAAUCUUAUAUAAGAAUGGCCUUCUGAAAAAUACAACAGUAGUAAGAACAUAGUGCUGGCCUUGUGCUGAUUGUGGUAACUAGAAGUGACCAAGUGGAGAAAAUGCUGUGUGUUGGGAAAUUAACUUGUAUCUCCCCAAAAUAGUUUCAAUCUUCAGACUUUACUACUUUAGCCAAUUUAUUAAUAAUUUCUGCAACAAAAAAAAUCCAUAGAACUAGCAUUUUCUAAAGUAUCUAAUUUGUUAAUUUUUAACCGGAUAAGGCACUCUAUGUACCCAUGGGUGCCUUUGUUUUAAUGUACAUUUAUUGCUUGCUAACCUAUACACAUAUGAUGACAGGGCAAGAGUUCUUCUAAUCAAUGUUUAAUUGUCCUUUGUAUCAAAAACAAAACAAAAUUUGCCAAUAAAUAGCUGCAUGACAUUAAAAAUCGGUAACAACAGCCUCAUUCCAAAGACAUUUAAACUCCAGAGUGAGUCUAUUGGAAGUCAGCAGAUUUUAGGAACCUAGAGCAUCUUCUAAAUUAGUGUCCAGGGGCACCAGGUAGAGGCAGCUCUGUGUGGAGAUGCAGUGUGUUCCUAGAGAAGGUUAACAACCUGAAAGCGCCUGUGAAGGGGACCAUUCACUCUUCUGAAUCCUCUCUUCUCUUAGGGGAAAAAUGCCUUCCUUACUGUAUAUCACACCCAAUAUUUCAGGACAAGUUGUCACUCAGAGGAUUUUAGAGUUAUAUUCCAACACUCGACCUUUAAAGAAGUAACAUUUCUAAUCUCCAGUUUGCUGAGAUGUGUAGUAACUCUAUAAAAGUCUGGAGAUAUACAAGCUAAGAUGUAGGGCCUCUGAGUAGUAUAUAUGAGAACUUGGUUUUGGUCCUCAGGUAACAGAGAGGAUGGAGGGAAAAGGAGUUAAUUUUAGCCAAAGUGAUAGAAAACCUGAUUUUCAUCUUCUACUAUCAAGCUUUAUAACAUUGAAAGUGGUGUAGUGACUAUUUUAAAGAAAGCUUUAUCAUUUUUAAAAGAUGUCAAGAAACUAGCUAUAGUUGCCUAAGAAUUUAAUCUAUUGUAUUUUCUUCUUGAUAUUCUACCGCAGUGAUGUCAGCUCAUUUCUGACAAUAAGUAUGGAGUAGUAACUGAGUGUUAUCUCAGUGCCUGUCUCAUAGUGUAGAAAUGACAAGCAAUGCUGGGUAUAGAGAAAAUGUUAUAAAAAUUGUCAUUGAAUUCUUGAAUGGUGUCCAACCACAAUGACAUUGAUGAUCAAAAGUUCUGAACAAAAAUAAAAAUGACAAGCUAGCUAAGUCAAGAUUUUUCAAUAUAGGAAAAAAUGAAGAUAGCUAUAGAUUGAGUUAGGUGAAGGAAGAAAGGAUUUAUAAUUUCUAAACUAAAUCCAUGGAGAUAUUUUCUCAUUAUUCUUAUCUACUUAGUGAAGUCUAUGCCUUAUAACUAAGUAAAAAAUAUAUGUGACUACCAAAUUAUUUAGGAUACUUAGAAAUAUUUUAUUUACUACAUAUGAAUCUGAUAUUCUUAAUAAAAUAUUACUUUAAAAUUUUCCAGCAGUAACAUUAAGAGAACCUUUAUAGAAGCUUUCUUUGUACCAACAGUUUAUGGCUGAGAUGUUUUGUAAUUUCGUAUGUGAUAAGAUCAUUAAUUAAAGAAUAAGGAAGAACCAAGGUAAAACAGCCCUGAAAUGAUGGAACAAUUUAAAAGGGUGCCAACUCUUAGAGAAUAACCAUGGUUUAAAUGUACUUUUCUCCUUCCUUUCCUUUCUGGGAGGUCCUGACCAUUAUGGCUAGCAUCUCUCAACUGACUUGGUCUCUCUAGAUCCUUCAUAGGUCCUACAGGAACCAGUUUAUCUGGCCUUAACGAAAUGGAUUCCUUUGUUUAACCAGCAACUGUUGUCCUCAAGCCAACACUGUAUAUUAAGGGACUCAGUCAUAUAUGCUUAUUGUUUUGUUCCAUAUGAUUCUUGUUUCCUGAUGCUCUUUAAUGGAGAAUCUGUUAUAGAAAGAAAAAUGACCAGAAAUAAGAACUUCAGGACCAUGAGGCUUUGCAAAUACAGAGCUUAACAAACUUUGAGUAACUCAUAAGUUUCAAGUUACAUUCAAAAGCAAGGUACAACAGAAACUUUCUUUCAUAAACAGACACCAUUAUCACAAACUAAGAAUAAUAAAUAUGCUCUUAUCCUGGGUCACAUGUCAUGGUAAAAAUCUAUAGUAUGGCCAUCACAGUAAUUGUAGUAGGAUAGCUAAAUGUACAGUCAGUUACUUUGAGGUCACUGUAUUUGAUUGAAAAUGUAUAAUGUAUCUUAGUGUUGAAAAAAAUAUGAGCUCUGUUUCAGUUAACAUGUCAUCUUGUAUUUCUUUCAAGGAAACCAAUUAGAUUCAAUGUAGGAUAUUACAUGUUGGUUGAAAUCCCAUGUACAAAUAAAAUUUUAUGUCUAAAAGAGUCUUGUAUUUGAACUUAAGAAAAAUAAACUAUCCUGCUUUACUUUAUGUGCAGAAAUGAGAUGUUCUAAUAAUACUGAAGUGCUUCAUGGUAUCCUAACAGUUUACUUUCUAGUAAUAUUAUCCAUCUUUUUAACCUGAGCAUGUUUGUUUUGUCUGCUUUCUAUACAGAUCUCAGUUUUGUCUAAUGAUUUAAAUGUAACCCAAGACUUUAAGUGUGGAUUAUUUAAUGUGCUCCUGAAGAGGUUGUGGCUCCUGACAAAUGCCGUCAGGUCAUUAUUUGUUGUAUCAAAGUUUCAGUGGCUUCAGAAAUCAUAGCGUCACAUGAUUUUGUGGUGUCUGGGUUUGCAUAGUGUUGUUGAUGACUGUACUUAGUGAUUGUUCUUGCACACUUUUCAAAUAAAACCAUGUUUUUAAUCAAGUA